AGGUGUGUCUGAAGUUGAAGCACCUGCGUCACUCUUUUCUGCGGUGGCCACACAUGCCGUAUAGUGUUCUUUUUAAAAAUAAUCGCAGUUUUCUGGAAGGGUGUUCUAUUUCAAGUAGUUCUCACAAUUUGUAUUUAUUUAUUUUACGUUAAUUGCACACAAAUCAUGAGCAACCCGAAUCGGCGACAUUUGUCCGCGAGUGGGAUGAACAAUGAAUCGGAGCUUUUAAAUAACACUGAUAUUUGCUCUUUGUUAAACCAACUAAACACUAAGGACAGGUUAUUGGCCGACAGCGACACAGCAGAUGAGAACGAUUCGGCGAAUGCUACCAACAUUUCAGAUGAAGUAAACGACGGGUUGACCUUCGUAAAAAGGCCUAUUAAGCCCAAACAUCGCGGUCUGAUUGACUGGAGAGAAUUUGAGGAUUCCCUGGAUUGUGACGAAGACUUCUUGGGAUGGCAGAGAGAGAGGAGAUCUGGUCAGAUGAGAGAUUUGGAGGAUUUACUACAACAACAGCUGCUCCUUAAAGCACAAGAGGAGAAACAGCAGCAGGAAACCUGUAUAGUUUAUAUGAAGACCAAGCAUAAAGGAGAGCUGUCAGAUUCACAUGCUGAAAUAACUGCCCUAAGACAGGAGAAUGAGCAGCUGAGGACUGCACUGCUGAAGGCGCAGACAGAGGUCACCCGCAUACAGACCCAGCUGGACAAACUCAAGCAGGAGCUCAUGGCCCAGGAGAGUGUUGAGAUGAAGGAGAAAACGCCUCCGUAUGCCCUGAUGGGACAGAUAAUGGGCAGGUCAUCACCCAUAGGAUUGAAAUCUCAUCUGGAGAGUGUCCCCAUUGGUCAUUGGUCAACCUGUAGAAUGUCAUCAAGAAGAUGUGACAAAAUCCCUGGAAGUUUCAUGCCCACCCAAAAACGGAUUUUGUUCUUAAAUAGUGGCCUGUCAGACAGUGAGUCUGUGCUGGAUCCUCUAAGCUGUGAUGAUCUGAAGGAGAGUGACCGAGAGUCAGCGCUGGAAUCGGGUCAGGACACAACAGGGCUGGAGACUUCUUUGGAGACUACUGAAUCUUCCAGUGGCAGUUCUGGUGGGCUGUACCAACAUAAACCGCGACCUGGUCUUCCACUCCAGCCAGGAGGUGUGCCAUCAUGUGAGGAUGAGAGGAGCGAACCCACGUACCGGUUGGUCCUGGCAGGAGAUUUGGGCUCUGGGAAGUCCAGCUUUCUCCUGCGCCUCAGUCAACAUCAGUUCAAAGAGAACAUGCGCUCCACCGUUGGAGUUGACUGCCAGAUAAAACGCAUGCUUGUGGAUGGCAAGAGGACGGCUUUGCAAAUAUGGGACACUGCAGGCCAGGAAAGGUUCCAGAGUAUUUCUAGAUCAUACUUCCGGAAGGCCGAUGGAAUUCUUCUACUAUAUGACAUCACCUCUGAAAAGAGCUUCCUUAAUAUCACCCAGUGGUUAGAGCAAAUUGAGGCCUGCACUACCAGCCCUGUGCCCAUGUGUCUGGUGGGGAAUAAGGCCGACCUACGAGGUAAAGUGACCAGCAAUCUGUGUGUGAGCUCUGCCUGUGGGGUGCGUCUGGCUACGACAUGCGGAGCCCUCUUCUUUGAGACCAGUGCCAAAGAUGGAACUAAUGUUGUGGAGGCUGUGCUGCACCUAGCAAGGGAGGUGAGGAAGACUGGGUGUGUGCUGACUGAGUCCACUGUGCAGCUGUCCAGCCUUGGUGGCAGAGGUCCUACUGCAGGCAACUGUUGCUGGGCCUUGGCCUGACCUUAUAUCUCUGGACUCACUUCAGCCCAUGUUAAUAUAUUUCUAAUCUAAGUAAAACAUUUAUUAGGUCAUUCAUUUAAUUAAGUUCCCUCAUGUCGAUGUGGAUUUUUGUUUUUUUGUUUGUUUUGUUGAAGCUAACACACUCCUAACACACCUGUAAAAUGUACAUACUGUGCAUUUUUAAUGUACAAAGCAUGUCUUAAUGUCUUUACUUAAUAAACUGCUAAUCUAAGUUGACUAAA